UUUAAACCAUCAUCUCUCAUCACGGGCAAGGAAGACGCUGCUAGUAACUUCGCACGCGGAUAUUAUGGAGUCGGUCGAGAAAUGAUUGACAUUUGUCUGAAUAGAAUCCGACUGAUUGCAGAAGAUUGCCACCAUCUCCAAGGUAACGUCAUGUAUGACAGCGUCUUUAAGAUUUGAAGGUUCGUUGAACGUGGAACUCGUAGAGUUUAGAACGAACCUAAUUCCUUACCCGAGAAUACAUUUCCCGUUGGUAACAUUUGCACCAUUUGUCUCGCCAACUCGUGCUUUUCACGAGACUUUGACAACACAACAGUUAAUGAUGAGCUGUUUCGAGCCCGCAAAUCAAAUGGUGAAGUGUGACCCUAGGACUGGGUGCUAUAUGUCGUGCUGCUUAUUGUUUAGAGGAGAUGUAAACCCAAACGAUAUCAAUAGCUGUAUCAAUCAAAUAAAAAAUAUGCGAUCAAUACGAUUCGUGCCAUGGUCGCCUACAGGUUUCAAGAUUGGAAUAAAUUAUCAACCACCGGUGACUGUACCAGGAGGUGAUCUAGCAGCUUUACAAAGAGCGGUGGCUAUGGUCUCCAAUAAUUCAGCUGUGCGUGUUGCUUGGGAACGAUUAUGCAAGAAGUUCUCGGUAAUGUAUUCUAAACGUGCAUUCGUACAUCAUUACGUAGGUGAAGGUUUGGAAGAAGGAGAGUUUAAACAAGCCGUCCACAACAUAAAAGCUCUGUCUAAUGAUUAUAGAGAAUUGGAAGCAUAUUCUGUCUACAAUGUUCUAUCUAUCUCGACAUAA